UAUUUCUGUGGUUCUACCCAGGACUGGGUUUUGGCCCCCACUGGAUAUUCAGCUUACUACUGUGAUGGAGAGUGUUUCUAUCCUCUGGGCUCCUGCAUGAACGCCACAAACCACGCCCUCAUCCAGCAAGUGGUCCACCUCCUGAAGCCUGACGAGGUUCCGAAGGCAUGUUGCGCCCCUACCAAGCUCAGCCCCAUCUCCGUCCUGUUCUACGACGACAACAACAACGUCAUCCUCAAAAAACACCGUAACAUGGUGGUUAAGACAUGUGGCUGUCUAUGAGAGCCACACAGGUUCCACUUUGACACUGAAGAGUCCUAAACCAAACAAAAUGUACAUGAUGGGGUUUUCUACACAGACAUUAACUCUGCCAACGUAAAAGGUUUCUGCUAACAAGUUGAACGAUGGCACUAGAAAUCUAAUUUAACGUGAUUGUUUUGAGUUCUGAUUCAGGAGCAGUGACUUCAGUCUUUAAUCAAUUUUCAAAUACAGUAUUGUCUGUGUCUUGGGUGUUUAUGUCCACAUUGUCAGCUGGGCCUUUUUAUUGAAUAUCUGAGGUAUUUGUUUUUAACAACUUUUCCCCAAACUACCGUACAUGCCUUUCUUAUGCAGCUGUAGUCUCCAUAGAACUGUAGAUUGGAUGGUGAAACAUGCCAUUAGUGGUGCUGGUUGUUUUUACUGUAACACAAUGUCUAUAUGAAGAGAAAAUUGUAUUGAAUUAAUAAAACAAUAUUAACAUUAUCUUGACUUAUGGUCAUAGUUUUUAAAGGACUAAAACCCUAAUAGCUCACUGUAAAUAUAAUAUCACUGCAGGUUAGUUAAGUGGACUCUAUCAAAGCAUUUGAAAAUGUCUCCUCAGGUGUCAAGAGUAUUGACUAUGCUUGCACUAGUCAGCAUUUUAUUAAGUAUUAUACUUAAAGUAGUUCAACCUAGGGCUGGGCGGUAUGACCAAAAAUGCAUAG